CAAGCCAGGACAGGUGGUGGUACUGCUGCUUGCUUCGCUUCUCCUCCUCCUCCUCCUCCUCCUCGGCGGCUGCUCCGGCUCCGGAAUCCGGCGCGCCGUCGCGUUCGAGGUACGGGGGAGGUCGCGUCCGGCGGCGGAGGAAGCAAAGCUGCCCCCUUUCCAACCGUUUCAUCAGGUUCAGAACAGGUGGUGCUCCUAUCCACGAGGCUUUUGUGACACUAAAGAAAAUUUCUAUCCCGGUAUUCAGUACUGGCUAUUCAUAUGGAGGAAUAUCAAAGUAGGAGAUCCAAAACAGCUAUUGGAUUUCUCAGAAGAGGUGCUGGUAUCACCUCAAGAAACCGAAGCCCUGAGGAGAGGACCAUUCAGAACUGCGAUGGACCGUCAAGUGCCACAAGACUCAAUCCUAUGAAAACCAGGCUGGCUGAUAAUCAAGAGAGACCAAGAUAUCUGCGUGAUUCAUUUAAGUCUUCAACCUCAGUGGUCAUGCCUGGAAGCUCUUCCAGAGUUCCACUUAGAAAAUUUGGCGAGGAAACACAAGGGCAACCGUUGUUGGCAGGGGUAGACAUUACGGAAAGUAGCUCCAGAAAUGCUGGGUCGAAACAUAUACAUCCAGGUAGUAAGAGAAUCAUUGUUGAGGAUCAGAGUUCAGAUGUUCUUCAUACUGAGGCAGAAGGUUUGACUACUGAUCAAUGCCAAUUGGAAGUACCUGAGACUGAAGUUCCGGAUUCUGCCACUUCUUCAGAUAUUUCUGAACAUGCAGUUGAGUCAUUGGUAAGGAGUUCUGCACCAAGUUCAAGAAUUCAUAGACGUAAGGACAAAGAAUUGGAUUGGGGUCAAUCAGGGUCCUGCUCUUCGUCAUGCACUAGCAUGCCUGCUACAUCCAAAUAUUCUGUCACUGAUGUGAAGCGACCGUGCAAUCAUGUUAGUGGAGUACAACGGCAUGGUCUUAAAAAUCUGGGCUCUAAUUCAGUAUCUAAUAUUCUGCCAUCAGGUUGCUCAUCUGAUUCUGUUUAUAGCAGGAGGUUUGAUGCGAUGAGAAGAAGGGCUUCUGAUGGGGGAAGUUUUUCUAGAUCAAGGGGCUUAAGUGAACCGGCUAGCUUAGGCAAUUCACCUCCUACAUACCCUACCAUUGCUGGUCCUAGAAUCAGAACAACUGCAACUGAACAGGCAGUUUCUCGACAAACCGUACGAAGCAGCAGAAGAAAUUUUCAGGAUUCAGCAUUGUCAGUAAGGACAAGAAGACCUCCUUGGGGCACUAGAUUUAGGAUCUCUGAGGAAAGAGAGGAUGGCAUGAUUUCUCAGCAUGAUUCUUCCAUAGGGAAUCAACGGUCAGAUCGAGUGCAUUUAUCUUUGGAAGAAGCCUCCUUGGAGAGCUCAUCAAGGCCAUUCCCUGCAGAAUUACCUCAUUCAAUUUACUCAUCUAGACGUGAUGGAUCAAAUACUUUUACUGCAAGAAGAAGAAGAUCAAGCUCCCUUUAUGAGGAAAUCCCUACACAUACAUUCCAUGAUCUUCAAAGAGAGAGAGAUGGCCACAGAGGCAUUGCCAUAGAAGGAAUAGCAGAGGUAUUAUUAGCACUGAACAGGAUUGAACAAGAAGCAGAACUGACUUAUGAGCAAUUGCUGGUUCUGGAGACAAAUCUAUUACUCGGUGCUUUCGCCUCUUAUGAUCAGCAUAGUGACAUGCGCAUGGAUACCGACAACAUGUCCUAUGAGGAAUUAUUAGCUUUAGGAGAGAGAAUAGGCUCUGUUAGCACUGCUCUUUCUGAAGAGCAACUUGUGAAAUGCGUCAGAAGAAGUAUAUAUAGACCAGUGGCUACAGAAGCAAAUGCGCGUGUUGUAGAUGACAUCAAAUGCAGCAUAUGCCAGGAGGAAUACAUGGAGGGUGAAGAAGUUGGGCGGUUGGGAUGUGAGCAUCAAUACCAUGUGUUUUGCAUUCAUCAGUGGCUCAGGCAGAAGAACUGGUGCCCAAUAUGCAAAGCUUCAGUAGAACCUUCUACUAGGAGCUAAUCCCAGCUGGGAGAUUCAAGCAUGUAAAUAGCUGUCAUGGAUUUGGAGUCCAUCUUUUCUGUGAAAACUGUAAAUGGUCUUGAAUUACUUCACUCCAAUUUGUGAAUAUCAAAGCGGUUGUUCUCUGAAAA